AUGGGAAGUGUACCAAUAGGUAUUGGUCCGGGCAGCGGACGUGGAACAAGCAUUUGCGUGUCAGACGGUAGAAAUGGAACAAGCGGUUUGGAAACGGGAAGUGGAACAGGCGGCUCAGAGUCGGUGAACGGAACAAGCGGUUCAGGAACGGGAAGUGGAACAAGCGACUCAGGAACGGGAGGUGGAUCAAGCGGUUCAGGAACGGGGUCUGGAAAAAGCGGCUCAGGAGCGGGUAGUGGAACAGGCUGUUCAGGACCAGGAAGUGGAACAGGCGGCAAUCAAUCGGGCAGGUACGACAGUUUCGCAGGAUCCUCUUCCGCCGAUGGAAACUUCUCAGCUGGCUGCACCAGCAUGCCGUGGUGGCUCAUUCUACUGGUCGUAUCUUUGGAGCUCUUUGUAGUCAAUCUGAUCCCGGUCCUUUUGUAUGUUAUGAUUGCCACAAGCGUGUGA